AUGCUGUUCCACUUCGUAGUUGUCAUCCUCGCAACACUCCAGGUGUUCGCCGAUACCUGCCCUCGAAGCUUCGUCCUCCACCCCAACGAAAACAAGGACUACUGCCUCACCAUCGAUGAGGUGCACUCGGGUGGCUCAUCCGCCUAUGUCCGCCGAUGUGCGAAGCCCCCGGCAUUCGGGCAGGUCUGGUAUUUCAUGCCUUUCCCGCGCAAUGCGGGGUACUUCCUUCGCAACGUGAUCGCGGGUACCAACAAUCUGUGCUUGAACGCCGAGCAACGUCAGGCGCUGACACCAGACCGCCUCGAGUCGCCGCCUUACAACGGCCGGCACCUCGCGAUCACCGAAUGCUAUAACGACGGCGCUAACGACUGGAAGCAGAACGGACACCACCAAAUCGAGCUCGGCGCUUUCGUCGACGGUCGCAGUACGUAUCGCCGUCUUCCCCUUCUGACGCACCAGAGUCCUGUAUGGAUCUCCGCGACGGGCGGCUCAAUGGCGGUGCAGUCCAGAUUUGGUACUGCGAUGAAGGGGGACACAAUCCGAACCAGCGCUGGGAGAUUGAGGGUUAUGAGUUUGAAGACUAAUGUGCGAGGUGUCGCGAGACCCGAUCGGGAUGUCGUUUUUGGAGGUUGA